CGGAGGAGGAGUUUCUGCCGACACUUCCGGAUUGGCGGCUACAGCCGGGGGUCCUCCGACGCUGUGCUCCCGGGAGCGGCGCUCUGCCGGUGAGGCCGGAGCUGCGAGGUGGGGUCGGCGCCUCGCGGGCAGCUCCAUUCCCGCCUCUGCAGUGGACUUGGCCGCAGAAUCGGGGUCCCGGGCUCCUGGAACUUGCUCCGGCCAGGCCGCGGCAAGGAGAUCUCUCUGGACCGCAUUCGUCCCCUUCUCGUCCUCAUGGCGGAGAAGAAACUGGUGGUGGUUUUCGGAGGCACAGGUGCCCAGGGUGGCUCUGUGGCCCGCACGCUCCUGGAAGAUGGAACAUUCAGGGUUCGAGUGGUGACCCGAAACCCUGGGAAGAAGGCAGCAAAGGAGCUGAGGCUGCAAGGUGCAGAAGUAGUGAAGGGAGACCAAGAUGACGAGGUCAGCAUGGAACUGGCCCUGAAUGGGGCUUACGCCACCUUCAUUGUGACCAACUACUGGGAGAGCUGCAGCCAGGAGAAGGAGGUCAAGCAGGGGAAGCUGCUCGCUGAUCUGGCCAAGCGCCUGGGCCUCCACUAUGUGGUCUAUAGCGGCCUAGAGAACGUGAAGAAGCUGACGGCAGGGAGAUUGGCCGCGGCGCACUUUGACGGCAAAGGGGAGGUGGAGGAAUAUUUCCGAGACAUUGGCGUUCCCAUGACCAGUGUGCGGCUGCCCUGCUAUUUCGAGAACUUCCUCUCCCACUUCUUGCCCCAGAAAGCCCCAGACGGAGAGAGCUACUUCCUGAGCUUGCCCACAGGUGACGUUCCCAUGGAUGGCAUGUCUGUGUCCGACCUGGGUCCCGUGGUGCUCAGCCUGCUGAAGAUGCCAGAAAAAUACAUCGGCCAGAACAUCGGGCUGAGUACUUGUAGGCACACGGCUGAGGAGUAUGCUGCCCUGCUCACCAAGCACACCCACAAAGUCGUGCACGAUGCCAAGCUUGCCACCUCCCAGGGCACUGGAGGACGCCGGCCACGACAGGCCCCUCUGCUUCCAGAUGACUCCUGAGGACUACGAAAAGCUUGGCUUUCCCGGAGCCCAGGACCUGGCCAACAUGUUCCGUUUCUAUGCCCUGAGACCCAACCAUGACAUCGAGCUGACCCUGAGACUCAACCCCAAGGCCCUGACGCUGGACCAGUGGCUGGAACAGCACAAAGGGGACUUCGCCCUGCUGUGACCUGCCCACCUUGCAGCCCCUUGUGGGGGUUGGGGCCACCAGAGGGACAGAGGCACCGACAUCUGAAUAAAGCCAUUGUUCUCCCA